ACGAACCCAAACUUUAAAUUUGUAAUUAUCGUAAACAAUUUCAUUUUCGACAAGAAAUACGCUGUAUUUCUCUUUAUAAGAUAUGGGAGAAAAUCCGACUCGAAGACCAAAAUAUUAUACACCGAACGAAGUCAGCAUUCACAACACUCUGAAAGAUAUUUGGGUUUCGUUUCUUGGCAAAGUGUAUGAUCUUACCCCGUUAUGCAAAAAAUACGCAGGGGAUGUUCUGUUAAAGCCAAUCGUUGAAGCAGCGGGUAAAGAUAUAUCUCAUUGGUUUGAUCGCAAAACAAAAGAGAUUCGAACUUGUGUUGACCCAGAAACUAAUUGUGUGUUCCCAUACACUCCACGAGGACGGUUCAUUCACAUUCCACCAAAAUGCCCAAGAACAGACUGGGACAAUGAUUUUGGACGACCAUGGUGGAGAGACGAGUCUUUCUGUAUUGGUCGGUUGUCUGGAAAAACAACAAAAAUUAGGAUAAUAAACACUUUGACCUCCCAGGAACAAGUAUUAGAGGUUUGCUCUGAAGAAAUCCUGACAGAGAUCCAAGACCGUUAUAUCAACUAUAACCUGCAUGCAGGCAGCUACACCUGGAAAUACAAAGGGGUUAAUCUUGACAUGAAGAAGACCUUGGUAGAAAAUGGAAUCGCAGAUCAGAGUGAAGACUUUUAUCAACUUAGCAUUAAUGAAGAUCACUAUUUGCCUGCUAUACAUUUGUACUUCAAUGACGAUCUUACGGAAGCCUAAUUGUUAGGAAUUACUUUCAUAAAUAAUUGUAAAUAUUCAAAUAAAAAGUACCGAACAAAUGCAACUUGUAUUUAGUUAAAAUUUACUUGCCUUCGUGUUGAGUAUUCCUGGCUUGAUAGUCAAUUCAAGCUGAUGGUAGUUAUGUUGAAUA